UUAGAAGAGCAGAAACACGAGAGAGAGUGAGUUCAUAGAGCUCCGGUUUUCGCACAAAACCGAUGAGCAAUAAAUCAGAAUGGUUGUUUUAUCCUGGAGGCGACCGACUGAUAGUCUACGGUGCAAAUUACGAGGCAAUGCCGUGAACGUCUUAAAGAGAGCGACCUAGUCCGCGACUCAACCAGAUUCGGAAACCCUAAUUUUUCUGUUCGAUUUAUAACAAUUUUAAGACGUUGUGCUACUGUCAUAUGCACCGAACAGAUUGAUUACUGUAUCUGGACCCAAUCGUUGUCAAUUACUGUCGAUCGGUUUGCCUCUCGAUUCGAUGCCCUUUGGAUCGCUUUCUCGGAUGGCUCAUUCGAUUGGUUCUUCUCUCGACUCCGAUUAACUAUCUCCGGAGGGAAUAAUUCAGACCGUAAAAAACAGUCGCUGCCUCGAACCCAUCUCGCAAGCCUCAGCUACUACCAAUACUAAAAUGUCAUUGCGGCGAGAUUGAGGACUUCUCUCUUCUUAUUAUUCAAUUUUAUUCUUCUGUUAUUUGAAUACUUAUCCUGCUGGUGGUGUUUGCGAGAAGAAGAACACGGGAAUAGUCACAUGUCACCGGUUAUACUGGGGCUUUAGUGUAGCGGCUGCCUACCUUAAAAUUACUUUCCCUCGGACAGACCUGUGUGAGACCAAACAAAAAGGAAGAAGGCUCGGGGAAAGAUUCUGCUACUCCGGGUUUAUGCCGCUGUGAAGAAGCUAACAGCUUCUGUUCUCAAACCCUAAACCUAUUUCCCUAUGUUUUUGUUCUCGAAACAGAGGAGGAGGAGCAAUGAACAAUGGUGUGAAGAGGCUUAGAGGAUUGAGUUUGAAUGAGAAGACAGAAGCCAUUGGUAGAGAAAGGGCAGCUUUCACCUCAGAAAUGCCUCACUUAAUGGUUGUUGUCCACCCUUCCUACAUCCAUCCUGGCUCCACUAAGUCAAUACCAAUGAGCUUUGCCAGGGAACAUUUGAAGGCCAGAGAUGGUGAUGCAAUCCUCAGCAGGGAGUAAAAUGCGGCAGGAGGUGUGAUGCUAUGGGCUGGGAGGCUAAGGAUGUUGUUACUACUGGCCGGUGGAAUAAUUGGAAGUGGAACAGAGCAAUCCACAAUUUAAAGAUGUCCCUCCCAGCUUGGGGUUGUUUGUGAACGACUUGGGCUAUUGCGACCAAUCAAGGCCCAAUUCGUAUUUCAUGGCCUAUUGAUCAAAUGUAUGCUAGCAUUUUGCAACAAAAGAAAGGAGAUGAGGAAGCUAUGUAUAUGGUGCUAGCUAUUCGUGCAAAUUGAGAAUGCAUCGACUCAUCGAAAAGAGGUAAAAAUCAAAACCUUCUUUAUGAAUCAUUAUGAUGAAUGAUAAGCUAGAAUCUAUUUCAUGAGUUCUAUGCAUGGUAUUGAGAAACCCAUAUGAAUGCGAGAAAGUAAAACUAGAAUUGAUGCAUGUAUAUGUCGACAUUGAGAUGUAUUACCUUGAUGAUUAGCAUAAAUAGAAUAUAUGUUGUGGAAUAGAAUAAUUUUGUUUACAUGGGUGCAAAUGAAGAAUAUAUUGGAAU